AUGAGUCCAUUCGGUUUUAAAGCGACAAGCCACCCGACUGCCCCGGCAAGACUCGGAAAUCGAGUGGCAUCAGGACAUAUGGAGCACUUGAUGGAUCAGGCGGGACCGAUUCAGGUCAAGACUGUCAGCGCUGACUGGAUGGCUGAUUUAUCGGGUGUGCUCAACUUGAAUCACCCCAAGGCAAAAGCAGCAGGUCUGAAAGAACGCCGCGAGCCAAUUAAGAUCUUUACUCACGUUAUUCGACAUCCAUCCGAAGGCUUCUAUCUGGUUGAUACAGGCGUAUCGCGUCGUUUUGUGGAAGAGCCUGCAGAGGUAGGAGUGGGUUGGAUCUUGCGGAAAUACGCCGGAAUCAGUGAGAUGAAGGUUCGACAAAGUACGAAGGAGAUCAUUGAAGCCGAAGGUGUCGAUCUCAAAGGUGUCUUCAUGACGCAUCUCCAUCUCGAUCAUGUCUCUGGGCUGCCCGACAUUCCGAAGGAUGUGCCUAUCUACAUCGGGCCACAUGAGGCCGAUUCGGAGUUGGUCAUGAACGCUGCUGUCCAAGGCACAAACGAUCGUCUCCUCGCCGGACGGCCGCCUCUACAGGAAUUCAACAUACCCAAGGAUGCGGACAACAAGUUUGAGGGUGUUAUUGAUGUGUUCGGAGACAGCACGUUAUUCGCUAUCCACAGCCCUGGUCACACAACAGGACACAUUGCUCUUGUUGCUCGAACGCCAUCAGGGCCAGUGCUUAUGACAGGUGAUGUGUGCCACACCCGCUGGGGCUGGGACAACGCUGUCGAACCUGGAAGCUUUUUAAAAGACCGGGAUCCUAGCCGCCAGAGUCUCUUAGCGCUAAAGGGAUUGAACGAGCGUCACCCGGAUAUGGAGAUUAAGCUAGGCCAUCAACUUUAA